UCUUAAUAUUGUAGUAUUUUUUUUGUUAGUAAAAGUAAGCACCAAUUUUAUCUUAAAAUUCAACUUUUUAAGUGAAUUAUUGCAGUUGUUUGUCGAAAUUUGUUGUGUAAGUGAUUUAAUAGUAAAUAAUGGAUUGGUUCACACAGAAACCAUCAAGUGAUGUCAAUAGCAAUAUAGAAAAACCGGAAAACUGUUUCACUUUGCACAAUGAUAGAACCAGGUCUCCAGAUUCAACAAAAGAGAAGAAAAUGGGAUUCAAGCAGCUGGAGAUAAUAUCGAAGAAGUCAGCAGAAGAUGUUAUACUUGAUUUAUCUAAUGAGAGAGCAGCUCUGAAAUCUUGUAUGGAAAGUCAGCUAACACCAGAAUUCAUUGUGAUUAUUGUGAAUACGUUUGCAACCAUCUCUGAGUCCAAAUUCUCAGAGAAAAAGUUGAGUCUCUACACCCUAUUUAUAAAUGAGAUCUUCAUAUGUAGUUUAGAAAGUUUCUUGAAUAAGUCAUACCUUUGUUAUAAUCAAGAAUCCAAAUACUCUAAGGUAUUUAAAGAUAAGCCAGAGGAAUUUUGGAAAAAUUUAUUAGUGUGUGUCAAUAAUGUUAUUGACUAUUUUCCGAAUCAUUCUCAAAGAAUUGUACCCUCUUUGAUUGAUGGCAUUGAAGGUAGUAAAAGUGUGUCAAAAAUCUCUGAUGCAGAUAUUGAAGCAUUGAGAUUAAAAUUAGAUAGCUUAAAGGAUUUACUUCUAUUCAAUGACAGUGUAGAAUCUCCAAACAGUAUUCUAGAAAUUGGUAUUUAUCCCACAAGUGAUGAACUUUUGAGUGAUUAUAUACCUUUCAUCAGGGAAAACAUAAUUAAAGGAAGUUAUAAUGAUGUUAAUCAUUAUAUAGAUGUUCAGUUUAGAUUAAUGAGGGAAGAUUUUGUUAACCCAAUCAGGAUGGGUAUCUGUGAUUAUGAUUAUAAUGGUAGUUCUCAUAUAGAUGUUUUUAGAGAAGUAAAAUUCCUUCACAAGGAAGCCUCUAGGGCUUUGCUGGGGUAUUUAGUCCAUGUCCCAAAAAGAAGGGGCAAUGAUAAAUUGAAGUAUGGAUCUCUUGUUGGGUUCACUUCUACUUCACUAGAUAAAUUAUUCUUUGGAAAAGUUAUUGAUACUAAAUUACAAUAUAAGCAUUUCACUGAAGUUGUUGUGCUGUUUGAGGAAGAACUUAAUAUCGAUUUUGAGGGCAUUUACACUAUGGUUCUUUCUCAUGCCUACUUUGAGCCAUACUACCAUGUGCUGAAGACACUGAAAGCCUUUAAAUUAACCGAGUUUCCUUUGAAGAAGUAUUUAGUUGAUGUUAACUUUACUCAGGAAUAUCCGGACUAUUUGAAGCCGUCCACUAUUUAUAAUAUCGCUGGUAAAAGAGUAACUAUAUGCAACAAAGAUUGGCCCAUGAUAGAGACUGAAUUAGACGAUACUCAAUUGAAAGCAUUUAAAUAUGCGCUUACCAAUAAAUUCAGCGUCAUCCAAGGACCGCCGGGCACUGGUAAAACCUUCGUAGGUCUGAAGAUAAUACAAACUCUGAUACAGAACAGAGAUAACUGGAAGUCGAGUGGACCGAUACUCGUCGUUUCGUAUACUAACCAAGCAUUGGAUCAGUUCCUAGAAGGAAUUUUGGAGUUCACGGAUCAAAUAUUGCGAAUCGGCGAGCAAUCCAAAAGCGAUAAGUUGAUAGACUACAAUAUGAAGCAGCUAAAGAGGAAGUAUAACGUGGAUUACAAAAAGAGGAAGCAAAUCGAUAGAGUGAACGAGAUUCGAGAUGAACUGAACAUGUUGUAUUCUACGAAAUACAUGAUUUCUAAAGGUACUUGCAUCGUCCGUUUCUCGUGCUUCGAACAAUUCCACUCGAGGUUCAAGCAUAGCUGGUUCAGGAACGCCGAAGAUGAAGAUGAUAUUAUCGAUUGGUUAAUGGGAGAUAUUGAAUCGAUGUACGGUGAAAUCAUAUGGAAUGAAAGCGUGAUCGAUGAUGUCUUGCAGCAAUUCGAGCCGAGCAAUCGUGCAUACAAUCCGCAAGAGUCGGACGAUGAACUAAAGUAUGCGGAUGAUUUUGCACCGGGCAAGAAGAACAUGUACAACGAGCAAAAUCCAAACGUGGUAAGCCUUCAAGAUAUUUGCCUCAAAAUAAGAUCGCUCAACGAUAUGAUUGGCAAUCAACAUAAGUUUACUAAGGAUUGCGAAAAGUUGUACAGUUCAUUGAAAACAUACAAAUGUCUAUUGUUCCUAUUGAAUUCAUUACCUUCGAUAAAAGCUAACCCCGAGAUGCGAUACUUUGAUUUGGAUAGGGCAUUUGUGAUGACCGGAAAACAGCGCUGGCAGUUGUACAACUAUUGGGUGAAGAAGUACGAAGAGUGUUUGGAUGAACAAAUCCAUUUGCUCGAGGCAGAUUUUGCAGUUUGGGCCAGAGAAUACGAUGAUUUUAGCGAGAUUAUAGACACCUCUGUAAUGAAGCAAAAGCUUGUCAUCGGGAUGACAACAACAGCUGCGGCUCGUCGUCAGAAGACUCUUGAAAUAUUGCAAUGUCCUAUCGUUGUAGUCGAGGAAGCUGCUGAAGUUUUGGAAGCUCAUAUCAUAUCGGCUCUAUCGAGCAACUGCCAACAUCUGAUUUUGCUCGGCGAUCAUAAGCAGCUAAAGCCGAGCACUGCAGAUUAUAAAAUAGAUAAAGAUUUCAAGUUGGGCGUGAGCCUCUUCGAAAGGAUGAUUAAGAACAAUGUUCCGUUCCAAUGCAUGAAUGUUCAAUACCGAAUGCGUCCAGAAAUAGCGUCCUUGAUCUGUCCCUUAAUAUAUCCAGAUUUGCAAAAUAGUGCUAAAGUCGAAAGGUAUCCGGAAGUGGUUGGAGUCGCAAAGUCCGUGUUCUUCCUCUCGCACAAUCAUUUGGAAAGGAAAUCGAUUGAUAGCAGCAAAGAGAAUCCUUACGAAGCAUCGUUCUUGAUAGCUUUUGCAAGAUACCUAGUUGCAAAUGGAUAUUUAGCUAAGGAUAUUACUAUUCUCAGCACUUAUCAGAAGCAGAUGCAAGUCAUCGGUAACGAAAAGAGAAAAUAUGUUGAGAUCAAAGAUACUCGUAUCACCUGUCUGGACAACUUCCAAGGUGAAGAGAAUCAAAUCAUUCUCCUAUCUUUAGUUAGAAACAACCAGGAAGGUAACAUAGGCUUUUUAAACCAGGAAAAUAGGAUUUGCGUAGCGAUGUCGCGCGCGAAACAAGGUUUAUAUAUCAUGGGAAACAUGAAACUUCUCUCAGAUAAAAGUCCUCUUUGGAGGAAAAUACAUAGCACGUUAUCGCAAAUGAGGGCCGUUGGUACGGAUCUUGAGUUGAUUUGUAAAAAGCACGGCAACAGAAAGAAGGUAAAAUAUGUGGUUGAUAUUCAACAGCGAAUAAAAGGAUGCGAAGAAAGAUGUCAUGAGGUCAUGUCUUGUGGUCAUUCUUGUGAUAAACUCUGUCAUUAUGGGCCUCAUGAUAAAAAAUGUAAUAAGAUGUGUUCUAAAUAAGCUAAGCUUAUAUUAAUAUGGUAUCAAUAAAUAAAUAAUAUAUCA